AUGGCUAGCGCAAAGGAACAGAGCAUCCCGCCUGUCGCCCCGACCAGGCUGAGACAAAUCGCUCUCAUUACAGAAGACUAUGAUCGGGCUCGAGAUCUGUUGACCAGGGUUCUCGACACGGAAGUCGUAUUCGUGGAUCCGCAGGUGGCUCAAUGGGGUCUGAAGAACUUUCUAGUGGCCGUUGGAGGUGACCUGAUUGAAGUGUGCUCUCCGUUCAAACCCAAUACGACGGUGGGGAGACUACUCGAGAAACGCGGCGACGGUGGGUACAUGAUCAUCAUGCAGACAUUGGACGCCGCGUCGAGGCGGAAAUACAUCGAGUCGAGGAACCUGGCCAGGGUCAUCUUCCACCACUCGCACGGAGAUGUCGAGUGUGUCCAGUAUCAUCCAAAGGGGAUUGCCGGGGGAAUGAUGCCGGAAUUGGAUUCCCAUACCCCGUCGGCCACGAACUCAACCCCACUGGAGAGCCCCUUUAGUCCAUGGCACGCCUGCGGAUCGGAUUACCCAAAGUACUCGGCCGGGAUGAGGCGUCGCGCACACCUGAAGCUGGUCAGGGCAGUUCUCCGCUUGGCGCCCGGCCAAACCGACGUCCACGCCGCCGCUCAGCAAUGGCAGGACUAUUUUGGGGUGGAGAGACGAGGGAGUGAGCUGGUCUUCACAAAUGCCCGCCUGAGUUUCGUGCCGGGAGUGGAGGGGUCGCCCGAGGGGCUGGAGAGCAUCACUAUUGCAGUUCAGGGCAAGGAGAGGCUGGACAAGAUGUUGAGAGUGGUGAGCGACGAGGGUCUUUGCGGGAACGGAUGGACGAACAUGCUGGGCGUCAAAUGGUACUUUGAGCUCCAGGGCGAAGAGAAUGACCAAGCAAAGGGACGAGAGAGCAGACUCUGA